AGACAGAUCGAUCUAAACUAAGGUAUGUGUUUGUUUGUUGUUGCUGCUGCUGAGUAGUGUAAUGUAAAUUAAUAAUAAUGUGAAUCAUCAUCAUAAAAUAAAAUCAAAUGCCUAAUAUCUGUCAUCAAUCAAAUAAUAAAUCACCAACCUUCUCUCUUUCUCUGCCACCCAUUCUAUUCCUCUGUUCCUCUAUUGAAAAUCAAAAACUCUGGGGUAACUGCAAGAAAAAACACAAACCUAAAACCCAAUCACAUUCUUAAACAAAAACAAAAACAAAAACCCCCCCACCAUUAUGCCAUGCUUCACAUCAAACCCUUCUUUUUUCUUCCUUCUUUUAUCUAUCUCCCUUUUCUUUCUCUCCACCAAUUCAAAAACCCCUCAUUUUUCAGAUGAUGGUGAGAGAAACCAUAACGAUAACGAGGAGGUGUUACCAUGGAAAACGAGGAGAUCUAUGGCGGAAAGUGCUGCUGUUUUGCCAAAAGCGUCGUUAAUAUUGGCUCAAGAACGGACAACAAGAAAGGACCCUCUUGAUCAUUUCAACAUUUACAAUGGAGGUUGGAAUAUCAGCAAUCAACAUUACAUAGCCUCUGUAGUUUUUACUGCAGUUCCAUUCUUUAUUGUUGCUGCAGUAUGGUUCGUGAUUUUUGGGCUUACUUUGUGCAUCAUAUGUUUGUGUUACUGCUGUUGUCGUAGAGAGUCUUAUGGCUAUUCACGUUUGGCCUAUGCUUUGUCCUUGAUCUUCCUCAUUCUCUUCACCCUUGCAGCAAUAGCUGGAUGCAUUGUACUUUACACUGCUCAAGGGAAGUUUCAUGUAAGCACCUCAAAAACACUGGAAUAUGUUGUCAGUCAAGCUGACUUCACUGCCGAAAACCUCAGGAAUGUGUCAGAUUAUCUCGAUGCAGCGAAGAAUGUUGGAGUAGAUGCUAUAUUUUUACCCACUGAUGUUCAGAAGAACAUAGAUACCAUAAAAACCAAGAUUAAUUCUUCUGCCAUUGAACUUUCCACCAAGGCUCAUGAAAAUGCGGAGCAAAUACAAGAUGGCAUAGAUGGAAUGAGAUUGGCUCUGGUUAUUCUUGCUGCUGUUAUGCUCUUUAUUUCUUUUCUCGGAUUCUUAUUUUCGAUAUUUGGGCUACAAGGUCUUGUAUACUUUUUGGUAUUUUUCGGAUGGUUUCUUGUUGCGGGCACAUUUAUACUUUGUGGUGUAUUUCUUUUUCUUCACAAUGCCGUUGCAGAUACAUGUGUUGCCAUGGAUGAGUGGGUUCAGAACCCUACUGCACAUACAGCCUUAGAUGAAAUUCUUCCAUGUGUGGAUAAUGCAACUGCCCAGCAAACCCUUAAACAAAGCAGGGAAGUGACGAGCCAACUAGUUAUGUUGGUUGACAAAGUCAUUUCCGAUGUCACCAAUAAAAAUUUUCCGCCUCAAGCUGGACCUGUGUAUUACAAUCAAUCAGGCCCCCUCAUGCCUCUUCUCUGCAAUCCGUAUAACCCUGACCUCACAAUUCGGACAUGUGGUUCAGGGGAGGUUGCACUGGACAAUGCUACUGAGGUUUGGAAGAAUUAUACAUGUGAGUUGUCUCCAGCAGGCUUUUGUAAGACGCCUGGUCGGAUGACCCCGGCUAUUGCUUCCCAAAUGGAAGCUGCAGUGAAUGUAAGCUAUGCCUUAUAUCACUAUGUUCCUUUCUUGGUUGAGCUACAAGACUGCACUUUUGUUAGAAAAACAUUCACAGAUAUAAGCAACAACUAUUGUCCUGGUCUGCGCAAUAACAGUCGAUGGAUUUAUGUCGGAUUAGUCGUAGUAUCUGCUGGUGUCAUGUUGUCUUUGAUCCUUUGGGUCAUUUAUGCAAGAGAGCGGCGUCAUCGUGUUUACGCUAAACAGUUCAUUGCUGGAUAAAUAUGUAUAUGUUGAGACUUAAAACAAACAAUAUGAUUCUCUUGUACAUUUGAGUUUAGAUUGGUUUUCAAGAUGAGUUUGGAAUGUUAUUUUAUGUGAUGUAGAUGUUUGAAAAGGAGUAGAUGUUAUUUGCAAAGGCUGUGUUGCCAUGGAGAUGAGUUUUAUGUAUGCUGUCAAUCACAAUUUUCUAGUACCCUAUGUAUGAAAACUAGUACAACCAAGUUCCCAACUUAUUGGAAUUCACAGAGAAAAUGGGACAUGCUCUGUAAGUUGUGA